AUGACGUGUUCUCUAUUUCAUUAUGACUCUCUCUCUCUCUCUCUCUCUCUCUCUCUCUCUCUCUCUCUCUCUCUCUUCCGCCCACCCUGCAGAAUGACCCCGACUACUUUUACUCGGAAUGUGUCCUCUUAUGAUCCCAGGGCCCAGGCAAUGGGCGGUCAGUGUUUUAGCCUGUCAUUAACUUCGAACCAAAACACUACAAUUAUUUUCUCCUUCUUUCAUUAUCUUUUGCAACUCUCUCUCUCUCUCUCUCUAUAUAUAUAUAUAUAUAUAUAUAUAUAUAUGUCUCUGUCUCUGUUUCUCUCUGUCUCUCUUUGUCUCUCUCUGUCUCUGUUUCUCUUUGUCUCUCUUUGUCUGUCAAUUUGUCUCUGUCUCUCUGUGUCUCACUUUCUCUGUCACUGUCUCUCUCCCUCUCUCUUUGUUUUCUUAUUCUUUCUUUUUUCUAUCCUUCAACAACCUUUUCACUUCUCUUUUUUCUAUUUCUCUCUUUCUUUCUUUUUUUCAAACAAAGAAAGAACGAUGCAAUCAAAACGUGUAAAUGACCUUUCACUGAUGAUAGAUGUAAUCUUCUUUCUUUCUUUUUUUUCUUUCUUUCUUUCUUUCUUGCUUUCUUGCUUUCUUUCUUUCUUUCUCCAAACUCCCUCUUUCUCUCCCCAUCUCCUUGAAUUUUUUUGUUAUCUUAUAACCUAUCUUUCUUUCUCUAUUUCCCGCCUCUGUUUUACAUCACUUUGUUCUCUCUCCAAUCACUCAGUAUUAUUUAUCAGUCCUUCCUUCCCCUUUCAUCUAUUUAUCCUUCCCUCUUACAAUCUCUCUCACUCUCGCUAUGAUCUUUUUGUUCUUCUUCAUUUCUGCAUGUGA